AUGUCCACCCCCGACACCACAAUCCACCCCCACCCCACAGGCGCAGCCGCCUCUCUCGCCUCAGCCCACGCCAACCCAGUCGAUCCCCAAUCCUAUUCCACCCCCGGCCUGCGUCUCUACGGCGGCUGGUUCUGCCCCUUCGUCCAACGCUCCUGGAUCGUCCUAGCCGAAAAACAGAUCCCGUACCAGUAUGUGGAAAUCAACCCGUACCGGAAAGAGGCCGAGUUCUUGCGGUUGAAUCCGAGGGGGUUGGUGCCUACUUUGGCUGUUGUUACCACCACAGAGCAGGAUGGAUCUGGUGGGGGGAGGAAUGAGAAGGAACAGUCGCUGGGUGAAAGCGCGGUGAUUUGUGAGUAUUUGGACGAGCAAUUUGCUGAUGAGGGGGUUUAUGGACCGCGGCUGUUGCCUGCCGAGAGUGAGGGUGUGGAAGCGGUGUUUGAGAGAGCACGGUGUCGGUUGUGGAUCAAUCACAUCGCCACGCGGAUUGUGCCGGCGUUUUAUCGGCUGUUGCAGCAUACGGAGGAGAAAGUGUAUACCAUUGAGGAGGCUAGGCGGGAGUUGCUGAAGGGGCUGAGGGAGUUUGCGGCGGAGAUGGUGCGGACGGGAAGGAAAGGGCCGUGGUUUUUGGGGGGGAGGUUUAGUCUGGUGGAUGUUAUGUUGGCGCCGUGGGCGAAGAGGCUGUUUUUAAUUGAUCAUUAUAAGCCGGGCGGUGUGGGGAUUCCGGGGAAGGGUGAGAGGAAAGAAGAGGAAGAGGGGGCGUGGGCGAGGUGGGAUGAGUGGUUUGCGGCGGUUGUGGAGAGGGAGAGUGUCAAGGCGACGUGGAGUGAGGAGGAGAAGUACAUUGAGGUGUAUAAACGGUAUGCCGAGGAUACUACGCAGUCUGAGGUCGGGCAGGCUACGAGGAAGGGAAGGGGGUUGCCUUGA